CGUAUUCUGACAUUUCCCCAUCCUACCUCCUACUUGUCUAUUUGUAGAGUUUAUUGUCAAGAUGUUCGCGGUUUGAAUCGACUGAUAAUUUUUAAGUAAUAAGGUAGUUCAUAUUAUUUUUUACGUGGUAAAAAUAGAAGGCUGGUAUGAAUAUGCGUGUUAUCUUCUUUCUGGUAUCGUUGAGCUACGUCUUCGCACUAGAGGAUGCGCCCGAAUCGAAUCCUUCCAUUCUAGAACCUGCAGCCAAUCAUCUGAGAAAUAAAAGACAAUUUUAUCCCGGCGGCUUCCCACCACCAAAUCCGCCGCAAAACUUUCCACCACCACCGCAACAACAACCACCAGGUGCAGGUUUUUGGGGUGCCCAGAAUCAAAACUCGAAUGGUUUCGCUGGCCAGCAACUGUCUCAAAAUGGCCAAGGCCAGGGUCAGGGCCAAAGUUCAUCGAAUCAGCUCGGUAAUAAUCUGCAACAGCAAUCGUCCGGUAACAACCAGCAAACUGGAUCGGCGUCAUCUUCAUCGUCAUCGAAUAGUAAUCAACCGGUGUUAUGGAACUCGAAUCAAAAUGAUUACCAAUGCGUGAUAAAUAAUUGUAGAGGUCAGAAUCUGCAGUGGAAUCCAAUUUGUGGGACCGAUAAUCUGGUGUAUGAUAAUGUGGCGGUAUUACGAUGCGCUCAACAAUGUGGAAGAAGAAUUUCGUUCAGCUAUUCCGGAACGUGCGUCGUUACAACCACUGCAGCGUCGAGAAAAUGAUUCCAAUUCCAUAUUUUUCAAUUUCUUUUUUUUUCAACUUGCUACUUGCUGCCGUAUAAUUUGUACCUACCUUCCUAAUAUUAUUAUCAUGUAUCAAAAAUUACAUAUUUCGUGUUUUUCUGGUUUUAAAAAUAUUGUGCGUUUUUCUGUAGUUUUUUUUCUUUUUUUUUAAUGGAUUCCUAAUUUUUGUAUAAGUACGUUUUUUUUUUGGCAAAAUUUGUAAAAUUGUGAUAAUAAAAUUAAAUAAACUACUAAAAUAGUGAGA